AUGGAUAUUCGUGGUAAGAUCAAAAGUGAACUCAAACAAAAAGAUCCCAAAGAUCGAAACUUCUAUCAACAUCAAUCAUUUGCUGAAACAGCCGUCAAUGCUCUUGAACAACGAACAUUACUUGACAUCGAUUCUGAACCAUGGAAUACUCGCCAUACAAGCAUCAUUUGUACCUUAGGACCUGCAUCACAAAGCGUAGACAUGCUUCGAAAAAUGAUCGAUGCUGGAAUGAACAUCGCUCGAAUGAAUUUUUCACAUGGAUCUUACGAAUAUCAUCAAACAAGCAUUAAUAAUGUUCGUGCGGCUGAAAAAUUAACAGGUGAAAAUGAUGAAUUUCGACCAAUUGCUAUCGCAUUAGAUACCAAAGGUCCAGAAAUUCGAACAGGUGUUUUAGCUGAUGGAGUCAAUAGUGAACUUGAUUUACAAAAUGGCAUGACUGUUCGUAUAACUACAGAUCCAGCUUUUGCUGAGAAGUGCACGAAAGAUGCCCUAUAUGUUGACUAUACAAAUAUAGUUCAAGUAAUUAAGCCAGGAAAUCGCGUGUUUAUUGAUGAUGGUCUUCUUUCGCUACUUGUUAAAGAAGUUGGAAACAAUUUUCUUGUAUGUGAAGUUGAAAAUGGUGGUUUAUUGGGUAGUCGAAAGGGUGUUAAUUUACCAGGUGUACCCAUUGAUUUACCUGCUGUUUCGGACAAAGAUGAAAAAGAUCUACAAUUCGCAGUGAAGAAUGAUCUUGACAUGGUUUUUGCCAGUUUUAUUCGUGAUGCUGAAGGUAUUCGCGUCAUUCGAAAAAUUCUAGGUGAAGCAGGAAAAAACAUCAAAAUCAUCGCUAAAAUUGAAAACCAUCAAGGCAUUCAAAAUUUCGAUGCAAUUUUGGAAGAAGCUGAUGGCAUUAUGGUCGCUCGGGGUGAUAUGGGUAUUGAAAUUCCACCGCAAAAGGUGUUUGUCGCACAAAAGAUGAUGAUUGCUAAAUGCAAUCAAGCUGGCAAACCUGUUAUCUGCGCUACGCAAAUGUUAGAAAGUAUGACAAAGAACCCUCGUCCAACUCGUGCUGAAGUUAGUGAUGUUGCGAAUGCUGUUUUGGAUAAUGCAGAUUGUAUUAUGUUGUCGGGUGAAACAGCAAAAGGCAAAUAUCCUAUUCAAUGCAUUCAAUUGAUGCAUGAGAUUGCUCGUGAAGCUGAAGCUUGCUUAUUUCACCGAGAAUUGUUUGAAAAUCUUCGUUACUUUACAAAACCACCAUUGGAUCAAAUGCAAUCAACUGCUAUUGCUGCUGUCGAAGCUGCCUUUCGAAGUUAUGCUUCACUCAUUGUUGUGUUAACUCAUUCUGGACGUUCGGCUCACCUUAUUGCCCAAUAUCGUCCUCGAGCUGUCAUCAUGACUGUCAGUCGAUCUUUGAAAACAGCAAGACAAGUACAUCUAUAUCGUGGUUGCUGUCCAGUUUUCGUUUGCACGCAACGAAAAACUAGUUCACAAGCGAAUCUUCUUCAAAUUGCUGGAAAUAAUCAAGAGACUACUGACUACUCUAAGCAAGAUGAUGAACUUUUGUUCAAACAACAUCAUAUCUCAGCUACUCAAGCUUUAGCUAUGAGUGAUUGGUUACUUGAUGUCGAUGCUCGUGUCAUUGAUGCAAUUACCCUUGCUAAACGCCGUGGUUUUGUUUCAACUGGUGACGCUGUUGUCGUUGUAACCGGAUGGCGCCCAGGUUAUGGUACAACAAACACAUUACGCGUUAUCUACGCUGAUUAA